CUAACAUUUAGCUACUUCUGUUAGCACUUAGCUAGUUUUAGUUUUAGCUGCAGUGACGAUCCUAGCUUCCAACAGAACCUUGAGGAGUCGCGCGCGCUCCCGUGGCGGCGGCGCGUGCGCGCCUCUUCCUGCGGGGUCGCGGUUCCCGGCAGAACACCGGUGCGUGACUCGGACCUGAUCCCGCCUCCCUGCCGCCGGCGCCGGGGCUGAACCCGGACUGAGUCGAAGGUUCCGACGCUCCGGUUCUGACCCGGAAUGAGGAGCUGCGGGCGGGCUGUGCGGUCCAAACAGCAGGAAUGACCCACCUGGAUCAGAACCUGGGUCCGGACCUCUGAUUGGACCGGAACAUCAUGUCGUUCCUGCUGAAGAGGAAGAAGUUUAAGUUCCAGGUCCAGUUCAGCCUGCAGGAGCUGAGCGCGGUUCCGUUCGUUAACGGGGUUCUGUUCUGUAAGGUCCGGCUCAGGGAGGGCGGGGACUUCGCGGUCUUAUCAUCCAGAUUGGUUUUGCUGAUCUCAACCUCUCAGAGUUUGCUGGUUCCGGCUCGACGGUUCGCUGCUGCAUCCUGGAAGGUUACGACACGAAGAACACUCGACAGGACAACUCCAUGCUGAAGGUAAUCAUUGGGAUGACUCUUCUGUCGGGGGAUCCCUGCUUCAAAACACCUCCCAGCACAGCAGGUGCUGAGGAUCCGAACCUGCAGCUGGACCGUAAGGGGGACAGCACCAAUCUAACUGGGCCAGCACCAGGGGGGGUCAUGGAAAGCAGCUGUACCUUCAAACCUCGACAGUCCUCAGUUCGUAGCUUAGGUUGUGUUUCUGCAGGAGAGAGUCCAGACGACGCGUUCCGCUCCGGUCAYAUCCGCAGCUCCAGUUACGCCAGUCAGCACAGCAAGAUCUCAGGGUACAGCACGGGUCACUCUCGCUGCUCCAGCCUCAGUGACCUCAGUCAUCACAGAAACACCUCCUCCAGCAGCAGUGCUUCCUGUGGCCCCACCCACUUCUCCCAGCCGCCUCCCUCCACUCCCACAGAGCCGCAUCAACAGGCCACGCCCACCAAGCCGGAGAGACCUCCUCCCCCUUCUGCAGCAGCGCUCCGAUCCUCCAGGAGGAAGAAGCUGGGCGUGGAGCGGCAGCGCAGCUGCGUGGACGACACGCGCAUCGACGCCGGCGACAUCGUGGAGAAGAUCAUCCAGAGCCAGAACUUCUCAGACAGCAGCAGUGAUGAAGACAGUCACCUGAGAUUAUUUGUGAGUAAAGAUGGAACCACGGCUCUCAGCAGGACUCAGGUCUCCAGCAGAAGUCCUGGUUCCUUUGAGCCUGUUGUCAUCGAGACUCACUGAGAACUGGAUCUUCAUCUGGACUCUUUGAGAACUGGAUCUUCAUCUGGACUCGCUGAGAACUGGAUCUUCAUCUGGACUCWCUGAGAACUGGAUCUUCAUCUGGACUCUCUGAGAACCAAGUCUUCAUCUGCAUGGUGUGGUAUGAGGGCCAAGAUUAAGACUUUUGCGCAACCAGUGGUUGCUACAUCCUUGUAGCAGGAGGACUGGAGAGGCUAGUGAUUAGCAUG